UCUCUCGAUCAUUUCCCCCUCCCUUCCUCCCUCCCUCCCUCUCUUCCCUAAACACUCCUUUCUCCAUUGAUCGCCAUCAUGGCUAUGGUGGUGCUGACGGCAGUCUUGGUUUUAUUCGUAACUUUAUUUUUCAGAGUUGCGUAUGAUACCUUCUCAUGUUAUUGGUUGACUCCAAGACGCAUCAAGAAAGUCAUGGAGGAGCAAGGCGUGCGUGGCCCAAAACCCCGCCCUCUUACCGGAAACAUCAUGGAAGUGUCCAAAUUCAUCUCCCAAUCCACCGCCAAGGACAUGGAUCACAUCCAUCACGACACCGUUGGCCGCCUUUUACCGCAUUACGUCGCCUGGUCUAAACAAUUCGGAAAACGAUUUGUAUAUUGGCAUGGUAUAGAGCCGCGGAUGUGUUUAACAGAUACUGAAAUGAUCAAAGAACUCCUAACAAAAUACAGCACCGUAUCUGGAAAAUCAUGGCUGCAACAGCAAGGAUCAAAAAACUUCAUCGGCCGAGGUCUUUUAAUGGCGAACGGGGACGAUUGGUACCAUCAACGGCAUAUCGUUGCGCCGGCAUUUAUGGGCGAUAGACUCAAGAGCUAUGCUGGGCACAUGGUGGAAUGCACUAAGCGGAUGCUCCAAUCACUGCAAAAUGCAGUAGAAUCCGGGCAGACUGAGUUUGAAAUCGGAGACUGCAUGAUUAGAUUGGCCGCUGAUAUCAUAUCAAGAACCGAAUUUGAUUACGGUUAUGAGAAAGGGAAGAAAAUAUUUCAUCUCCUAACCGUUCUCCAAGGCCUUUCUGCUCAAGCCAGCCGCCACCUCUGCUUUCCAGGCAGCCGGUUUUUCCCUAGUAAAUACAACAGAGAAAUAAAAUCUUUGAAAAUGGAGGUGGACAGAUUACUGAUGGAGAUGAUACAAAGCCGGAAAGAUUGCGUGGAGGUCGGCCGGAGCAGUUCCUAUGGCAAUGAUUUGCUAGGUAUACUAUUAGAUGAGAUGCAGAAGAAAAGAGGCAACGGGUUCGGCUUAAACCUGCAGCUGAUUAUGGAUGAAUGCAAAACGUUUUUCUUCGCCGGCCAUGAAACAACAGCGCUUUUGCUUACUUGGACAGUGAUGCUGCUGGCUAGCAACCCUACCUGGCAAGAAAAAGUCCGGGAUGAGGUGAAGCAAGUCUUCAAUGGCGCAACUCCCUCAGUUGAUCUGCUCUCCAAGCUCACUACGUUAAAUAUGGUUAUAAAUGAAUCAUUGAGGCUCUAUCCUCCGGCGACUCUCCUCCCUCGUAUGGCCUUCGAGGAUAUAAAACUCAGCGACCUUCUAAUUCCAAAGGGGCUUUCGAUAUGGAUCCCGGUACUUGCCAUUCAUCACAGCGAAGAAUUAUGGGGCAAAGAUGCGAAUGAGUUCAAUCCAGAAAGGUUUAGUACUAGAAAAUUUGCUCCCGGCCGCCAUUUCAUCCCCUUUGCGGCCGGAGCCCGGAAUUGUAUCGGACAAUCCUUUGCCAUGAUGGAAGCUAAGAUCAUAUUAUCCAUGUUGAUUUCCAAGUUCAGCUUCACAAUUUCAGAGAGUUACCGGCAUGCUCCAAUUGUUGUCCUCACAAUUAAGCCUAAAUAUGGAGUUCAAGUAUAUUUGAAACCACUGAAUAAUUAAUCACCCAUGCUGAUUCUUAAGUGGAGUUGGAGUUGAUUUUAUUGGGGACUUAGGGAGGUUGGUUUUGAUAUUAUAUAUAAUAUUUUAAUGUACUCCCUCCAUUUAUUUUUUAAUA